AUGCGGAUCUGCAUCUGCGCCUUGAUCAUAGAGGGUGGUGGCGUUCCUACGGAUGCCUUGAUCCUAGAGGGUGGUGGCGUUCCUACGGAUGCCUUGAUCAUAGAGGAGGGUGGCGGUGUUCCUACGGAUGCCUUGAUCCUAGAGGGUGGUGGUGUACCUACAGAUGCCUUGAUCCUAGAGGGUGGUGGUGUACCUACGGAUGCCUUGAUCCUAGAGGGUAGUGGUGUACCUACGGAUGCCUUGAUCCUAGAGGGUGGUGGCGUACCUACGGAUGCCUUGAUCCUAGAGGGUGGUGGCGUACCUACGGAUGCCUUGACCAUAGAGGGUGGUGGUGUACCUACGGAUGCCUUGAUCAUAGAGGGUGGUGGUGUACCUACGGAUGCCUUGAUCCUAGAGGGUGGUGGUGUAUUUACGGAUGCCUUGAUCCUAGAGGGUGGUGGUGUACCUACGGAUGCCUUGAUCCUAGAGGGUGGUGGUGUACCUACGGAUGCCUUGAUCCUAGAGGGUGGUGGUGUACCUACGGAUGCCUUGAUCCUAGAGGGUGGUGGUGUACCUACGGAUGCCUUGAUCCUAGAGGGUGGUGGUGUACCUACGGAUGCCUUGAUCCUAGAGGGUGGUGGUGUACCUACGGAUGCCUUGAUCCUAGAGGGUGGUGGUGGUGUACCUACGGAUGCCUUGAUCAUAGAGGGUGGUGGUGUACCUACGGAUGCCUUGAUCCUAGAGGGUGGUGGGUACCUACGGAUGCCUUGA